AUGGAGGAAACCCCAUACGAAAGGGAGAUGCGAACCCGGAUGGAGUUUCUGCCACAGCCAGUACCCCUAGAAAAAUUGACCGUACUGAUGGCAGAUGUGCAGGAGUACGUGAUGGCACACCGUCCACAGGAGACACCGUCCAGGGCACAAUCCAUCACUGCCUACAUCUACGGCCAGGUAAAACCCCAAAUCCCAUGUAAUGAGCCCGGCAGUCCUGGUCUGUAUUAUGGCAAUGUAAGUUGCCAUAAUACAGACACUGACUCGAGUAUAAGUCGAGUGGGGGUUUUUCAGCACAAAUAAUGUGCUGAAAAACUAGUCUUAUACUUGAGUAUAUAUGGUAAGUCCCAUUCGAAUGCACAAUCAGGCCGUUCAUGCAAAUGGCUCAGUAUAUCAGUGAGUUCAAACUGCCGAACGGGUCUCUGUACCUGAAAACUGAGUGGAGGAGAAGGUAAGGGUCAGCGGUGUUCGUUAAAAUGUGUAGCCAAUUGUGGCGAAACCGGCCUCGCCACGUGUCCUUGGAGAGGGCUGCUUGCCUGCCUCUUGCCUUUGGACUAUGGACCAGACUUUAUGUGAAUGUGUUAACCCAGAUAGCUAUGCCAUGGAGCCCAUUCGUGUAGUUAAAGACUUCAGCUCCAUGGCAAUUGAACUGUGUGAAUAGGAUCUGAGCGCUCUUCGGUAGUUUUGUGCGCUCAGACCCCAGCUAUCUGGGGAUAUGUGAAAUGUCUGUGGGUUAUGUGUAAAAGGUGACUUUAUGUAUUUUAAAGUGUUUUAUGUCUUUUUGCAACCAGGUGCUCAAUGGAGUCUGCUUCUAUCCCUGGAUAAUUGGAUUACUUUCCCCCAUUGUCCAGGAUAGAGGGCUCUGUAAAACCUGUUUGAGCCAGAUAGCCAUGUGCCAGCCAGGGCCCAAAAGAUACUUUUACUCACUUUUGAACCCCUGGUCGGAUUCAUGCCAUUUUUUAAUAUGUUGUUCCCCUGAAUGGAUUGAUUGUGAAUAUGUCAUUUUAUGUGAAUGUGAUGUAUGGUUUUAAAGUUAUGAAAGUUGGGUAGUAAGUAUGUUUUAACUGUAUGUGUAAUUGAUUUUCCUCUCAGGAUAAGGGGAGGGAAUAUGUGGGAUGUAACUGAUAUGUGAUUGGUUGUUUUAUACCUCUCUGUGGGCGGUCCUGUAUGUGAAAGACUGUAAUAAAAACCAGGCUGGGUGUGCCAGCACAAGAGUUCCUGUUUUAACCCUCAAAGUGAAGUGUCGUCUCAUUAUUGGGGGAAGAAUUUAUUGUAUGCUGUUCCAGUUUGACUGCUAGGAGAGUAAACCUAUUCGUAUGGUUCCUAUUCAACUGUCUACAGCAUUCAUAUGCUUGAGAGAAGGUAUACGCUUCUCCGGUUCGGUGAUUGUGGUGUCUGCCAGAGUGCUUGGAGUCCUCAGGAAACGCUAGGAGCAUCCUUUAAAGGAGGUACCCAGUCGGGGUGCCAGGUGAUCCGUUACAAUGCCUUCAAAAUGUUUUGCGAGGAGAAGGAUGAGAUUGAUGGGUAUUUGCAAGAUUUCAAAAGGCUAUGUGACCUACAUGACUUAGAACAGGCAGUAUGGGUGCCGUUGCUGGCAGGUAAACUGGGCGGUCGGGCAGCAGAAGCCUAUCGCGCUGUCCCCAGGGAGGACAGCAAAGACUAUGCAAAGGUGAACAGAGCCAUACUCGAAAGAUACGCCAUUACUCCGGAGGCAUACAGGCGCAAGUUCAGAGGAUUGCGCAAACCGGAGAAGAAUUCUCAUGCCGAAUGGGCGCACAAGCUGGAUCAAGCAUCUCAGGGGUGUAUACAGGCGAGUCAAGCCACCACCAUGGAGGAGUUGCGACAAUUACUGUUGUUGGAGCAAUUUAUUAAAUAUCCACCAACUCCAAUAUUGAAUAUUUAUCUCUACCUACAUUUAUUGAUCCUCUCUAUAUAGAGGAACUAUCCACCAACUCCAAUAUUGAAUAUUUAUCUCUACCUACAUUUAUUGACCCUCUCUAUAUAGAGGAACUAUCCACCAACUCCAAUAUUGAAUAUCUAUCUCUAACUACAUUUAUUGACCCUCUCUAUAUAGAGGAACUAUCCACCAACUCCAAUAUUGAAUAUCUAUCUCUACCUACAUUUAUUGACCCUCUCUAUAUAGAGGAACUAUCCACCAACUCCAAUAUUGAAUAUUUAUCUCUACCUACAUUUAUUGAUCCUCUCUAUAUAGAGGAACUAUCCACCAACUCCAAUAUUGAAUAUCUAUCUCUACCUACAUUUAUUGAUCCUCUCUAUAUAGAGGAACUAUCCACCAACUCCAAUAUUGAAUAUCUAUCUCUACCUACAUUUAUUGACCCUCUCUAUAUAGAGGAACUAUCCACCAACUCCAAUAUUGAAUAUCUAUCUCUACCUACAUUUAUUGAUCCUCUCUAUAUAGAGGAACUAUCCACCAACUCCAAUAUUGAAUAUCUAUCUCUACCUCCAUUUAUUGAUCCUCUCUAUAUAGAGGAACUAUCCACCAACUCCAAUAUUGAAUAUCUAUCUCUACCUACAUUUAUUGAUCCUCUCUAUAUAGAGGAACUAUCCACCAACUCCAAUAUUGAAUAUCUAUCUCUACCUCCAUUUACUGACCCUCUCUAUAUAGAGGAACUAUCCACCAACUCCAAUAUUGAAUAUCUAUCUCUACCUACAUUUACUGAUCCUCUCUAUAUAGAGGAACUAUCCACCAACUCCAAUAUUGAAUAUCUAUCUCUACCUACAUUUACUGAUCCUCUCUAUAUAGAGGAACUAUCCACCAACUCCAAUAUUGAAUAUCUAUCUCUACCUCCAUUUACUGAUCCUCUCUAUAUAGAGGAACUAUCCACCAACUCCAAUAUUGAAUAUCUAUCUCUACCUACAUUUACUGACCCUCUCUAUAUAGAGGAACUAUCCACCAACUCCAAUAUUGAAUAUCUAUCUCUACCUACAUUUAUUGACCCUCUCUAUAUAGAGGAACUAUCCACCAACUCCAAUCUUGAAUAUCUAUCUCUACCUCCAUUUACUGAUCCUCUCUAUAUAGAGGAAGUAUCCACCAACUCCAAUCUUGAAUAUCUAUCUCUACCUCCAUUUACUGAUCCUCUCUAUAUAGAGGAACUAUCCACCAACUCCAAUCUUGAAUAUCUAUCUCUACCUCCAUUUACUGAUCCUCUCUAUAUAGAGGAACUAUCCACCAACUCCAAUAUUGAAUAUCUAUCUCGACCUCCAUUUACUGAUCCUCUCUAUAUAGAGGAACUAUCCACCAACUCCAAUAUUGAAUAUCUAUCUCGACCUCCAUUUACUGAUCCUCUCUAUAUAGAGGAACUAUCCACCAACUCCAAUAUCGAAUAUCUAUCUCUACCUACAUUUAUUGUAGGUAGAGAUAGAUACUAUAUAGAGGAACUAUCCACCAACUCCAAUAUUGAAUUUGCAAAAUUAGAUUUAGUCCAUUAA